AUGUGCCGCCAGGCGGGGUGCGGGCAGUGCGUCUCUGAGGAGCACCAAGGCAUCUUCCACUCCGUCAACCUCAUAGACACUGUGUACCAGGAGGAAAAAUUAACCUUCUUCAGCAGUCUAAAGAAAAUGAGAGUAAUAAACGAGAAGCUGACGAAUGAAAUCUCAAGUCAACCAAAUGAUACAGAUAUGGUGUUUAAUAACGAUGCAGAGAUAAUUGCACUGGAAUUUGGAGAAAUAUUCAAAACUCUGGAAAUGAAGAAACGGCAAUUGCUAGAAGAUGUUGAGAAUCAAAGAAGUAAGAAAGAGAAAGAAUUUCAGAUUUGGAAGAAAAUGAAGGAAACUCAUAAGAAGACCAUUGAGAACUUUUUGAAGGAUUGUGAAAACCUUGUCCAUGAGUGUGAUCCUCAGCGUUUCCUGGAGGUGGCCUGUGGCUUGAAUACAAGAAUGAAAACUCAGCUUGACCUGAUGAAUAUAGCAUCCAGCUAUGAAAAACCACCUGACUAUACUCAGAAGAAGAUGGAUAUCAAACCUGUGGUUAAUGAAAUCUUGGCUUUGAAGUUAAUGCCUGUUAGUGUAGGCAUUGUUAAAGAUCUACCUUCUGGAGGAGAUGAGAACUCAACAAAAAAUACUCUGUUUAAAAAUAACAUAAAGCAAUGGCAAGACCAGCAGAAUAUACCUAACACAUUUCUUCCUGUAGCAGGACAGGAGGAAGCAUUAGCAGAUGGUAGCAGGAUCUGUACUCGCUUAAUGUCAGAGUUACGUUACAAAUACUAUGUGGAAUGUCAGAAGUUCACCGGUGAGUUCAAGACACAAGCUUUAGCUGCCAAUAGAAAGUAUAAAUUUGUAACCGCUGAGGCUUUGAAGGCAAGAUCCUCAGGAACUCCUUCUGUAUCUUCACCUACCAAAGCAAAUAACACAAAUAAAGUUAAAAUGAGAAGCCUGCAAAGAGCAGAUGGCUUUGAGAGAAGCUUUUCUGGAACCAGUAAUCGCAGCAUCGCAUUCACAAGUAUGAACUUUUCUGAAACAAACGGUGACUUAAAAUUAUUUCAUGCGAGAAGUUCCCAGCAAGUAACCACUCCAGCCUUACCAGAAAACUCUGAAGACUUGGUAAUUAAAGAAAAAUUGCCAAUGCAGGCAUCAGAAGCUACUGUUUCCAAGGAAAUGGACACAAAUUCUAGCACUUCAUGGGGCUUAAAACCAGCAGCAUCAGCAGCUCUUUCAAAUUCAGAUUUUCUAGAUGUUUCUGCAGAGAGACUUUCUGCUUCACCUUUUGCUUUCAAUGCAUGUAACAACUCAUUACCCAGGCUUACUAAAGAUGCAGGUCCAUCUUCCUUUAAAAAGAAAGACAGGAAAUAUGUUUUCCCUCAGUUUUAUCUAGGAAAAUGUGAUCGUACGGAUAAAACCGAUAACCAGGAUGAAAGCAAAUUUAGAAAACAUGGUCCUGUAACCCAAACCACAGUUUCUGAUGCUUCAACCAGUCCUAAUUUAGACUCAGCAGAAAGUGAGAAGCCAGAUUUUUCAAUGCCCGUUGAUAAUUCAGAAAGAGAUUGUUUCGCAGGAUCAGAAGUGGGCAAUUUGUUUAAGUUUUCACCAGUAUCUUCACUUUUUAGUCAAUUUGAGAAGCCAUCUGACAAAAAUACAUCGUCUCACAUGAGAGAAAACACGCAUUCUGCAACGGAAACUGCAGAACAUGGUACACAGAAACAAUCUGUCUCAUGGGAACAAAAAGCCAAUGGCUCAGAAUCCAUCACAACUGUAGCUUGCAGUACUUCAGAAACCAACACUGCAGCUGGGGUGAAUGAUGUUUCAGAGUCCCCCAUUCUCCUCAGUAAUUGUGUAUUUUCCUUCAAAAGGAACUCUUUUCAGUUGCCUCUACCAAUAUAUUCAUUUGGAAGUAAUGUCAGAGAUACCUCUGAUUCGCUGACUUCCUCUGUGUUUCUGUCUGGAAAUGGAAUAGAGAAAAUGGAAAAAGAGAAGAUGAAAUCUCCUGACAAAACACCUCUAAAUCUAGAGAAGCCUGUAUCUUCAGAGUGUGCAGAGCCUGCUUCUAGACAUAGUCAUCCAAAAUGUGAAGACUCAUUGUUUCCCGUGAACUCAUCUAAGAAAACUGAAAGUGCAGAAGUGCUUGCUGCUAGUAAUUCUUCAUGUAGUCAGCCUUCGUGUUCAGUUGCUCUUCCCGUUAAAUACGAGAACGCAUGUUCUGCUCCACUUACUAUUACAGCAACGAAACAAGAAACAAAGGUAAAAGAUGAAGAAAGUGAAACUGUUGCUGAAAACAACUGUUCCUGUCCUGGGAGGGAAGAUGGACCUGAGUCUGUACUGUUUCAGAAUGCAGCUUGUUCUGUUCCUGGCACAUGCAAUGAUCCAUUUUUAGGAGGUUCUAUGCUUACGGCAAAUGAGGCAGGAGGAAUGCCAAGUGAUAGCGAUUCUGGCACUGAAGAGGUAAGUCAAACAUUCGUCUCUACUGGUACCAGCAGUGCAUCAGAAUAUUUCUCUGUUGCUGAAGACAAAAUGUCUACUAGAAGAAAAUCAGAGACGUGA